GUCUUUGUGUUUGUGUUUAUCUCCGCUGCUCGCUCCAGAACACCGCGUCGGAGGAAAAGAGAUGAAGAUGAAGAUGAACACAGAUGAGUGUUUGAGAGAGGGAUGUUCUGAGCGUGACAGAGUGGUGCCUCGUUAAUGACAAACCCUGCAUUAAUAAAAAUAAUAAUAAUAAUACCAAACAUAUCGAUGAUCAACAGUGUCAACUUGAUGUUUAUCAGUUUGUCAGAACAUUUGUCAUUAACCAAAAUAUAUGAAAACUUAACUUUUCACCUCGUCUCCACUACAACAUUAGAUGGGCUAAAAUAACAACAAAAAAUUAUUAUUAUUAUAAAAAUAAAAACUGUAUACUAUACGUUAAAGAAAAAAACUAAUAGAAAAGGCAAAACGUACAACUGAAAAACUAAAAUCAACAUGAAAACAGAAUAUAUAGAUAUAAAAACAUUUUAUAUUAGUUAUAAUUUUGUAAUAUUUUUAUUAUAAAGUCAAAAAAUAAUUUAAAUUUAAAUAUGGUAUUUUACAGUGUCCUAAUACUGUGUUGCAGUCCCCUACAACAAACUUAAAUUAAUCUAAUUUUCUCAGAAUAUAUGUUUAUUAUUAGAGUGAUUUUUCAAUGAUUUCGAAAGGAUUUGUUCAAAGCAGUUCUGAGCUCAAGAACAGCAAACUCCUCCCCUCCAUCAGCCUGCUCUGCUCUGAUUGGUCAGCUGGCCAAGUCUGUUGUGAUUGGUCCUUUUCGUAAACAACACACUCAUUAUCAUAAUACAUGUUAUGGGAGGAGGGAAUAAUGCAAAUGUGUUACCUUGUGAUGUAUAUACAGGUAACAGACAGAAGAAUUAAAAAUUAUAUAUAUGUAUUUACUUUUGAAAUAGUUUUUUACUAAUAGUAAAACUAAAUAGUAUUUUAUUUUAUUUGUUGUAAGUUAUAAUAUAUUUUUAUGCAUUUAUUUUAUAUUUAUUUUACCCUUUGUAUAUGGUCUUUAUAUUUUCAUAAGUACUGCAAAUAUUAGUGCAGACAAUCAUUUACAAAUAUAUAUUUUAAAGUUGUAAAUUUUUACAAUUAUUAUAAAUGUUUUUACACUACGCUAAUGUCAUAAAUGUUUUUAUUUAUAGUUAUAUAUAUAUAUAUCUUUUGCUGAACAUUUUUGGCUUUUGAAGUUGAAUUCAGUUCAGUCUUUCUCGGUCGUCUUAGAAGAGGUUUUGUUUGUCUGCUUGAGUUGCAUUUUAAUAUAGUUUUGAGGAUGUUUUGCAGUGAACCAUUUUUGUAAGUGUAUUUGAUCAUCAUGAGGUCUCACUGAAGUCGUUUAUAAUGAUGUCUGUAUUAGACUGAAGGCUGUGUAUGUGUGAUUAUAGAUCUGAUGUGUGUGUGUGUGUAUUCUGUGUUUUCAGAGAAUGCUCUGAGUCAUGGCUCCUCCCCUUCACUGUCAGAGUUCAGCCCUGAGCGAAGCCCAUUGGUGGUUCAGCUGCAGACUCCUCCCCCCAGAACAAGCCCCGCCCACCAUCCUGCAGGACCUCCAGAAUCACGACUGCUUGUCUUACGUCCUGCUCAAUCUGACCGAGACUCUCAUCUGGUUGGCGGUGCCGGCUGAGCCGCUGGUGUUUGUUCAGGACGAUGUGGACGAGGCGCAGGAGGAGGUUUGGGCUGGAGACUGUGCUGAUGGCAGCGCGCCGUGGUACCUGUGUGUCCAGGAGCUGGCUCACGACAGUCUGAUCACCGCCACACGAGCACAGCUGGCCAGAGACGCCCGCACCGGCUGCAACGGUGACCACAUCCACAGCUGUCAAUCAGACGGAGCCUCGAGCCGGACGCACGGCGUCAGAGAAGAUCCAUCGGUGCCCGUACGAGACCUGCCUCCGGACCUUCAGCUAUCCAGCUCACCUCAAAUACCACCUGAAAACACACAGGUGAGAAGCCGCACGUGUGCUCCAUCUGUGGGAAGAUGUUCUCUCAGAGCGGCAGCAGAAACGUUCACAUGAAGAAGAGACACAGCGAUGAAAGCAGAGACACGGGUGAAGCACUCCCUCAGAGCGGCGGUGAUUCGAUUGUCAGCGUGAAUCUGUAUCACACUUUCGUACCGACUGAUGCUCUGUCACAUGACCCACGGCAGUGACAUCAUCACGUGUUCUGUGUGCUCAGGUGCAGCAGACGCUGUCGUGGAUCUCACACCAACAUUUUGGCAAAAGCUCAGCAGAUUCAUCAUUGACCAUAUUUAUAAAGACUUUGCCUUAUUGUGGAAGGAUGUUAUUUUUUGUUUUUAUAAAAGUCAAAGUAAAGACAAAACGUACUUCAUUAUAAAUGUAUUAAUACUUUUGGCAAAAUUUCACAUUCAUAAAUGUAAAUUCAGCUCUAAAAAAUCUUGUUUUGUACUCUUUAUCCAUGAAGUUGAACAUUAUAUUAAUCUGUUUCUGGCUCAAACAACAAAAAGGCUGUUAAAACUAUCAGCACAUGGUCCUCCUUCACUUUGUAAUGAUCUGUAAGCUUCCCCUGGCUACUUUAAUUAAUUUUUUUUUUUUUUUUUAUCUCUAUGUUUUUUGUAUAUUAUGGCUAAUCACAUGUGAAUUGUACCCUUUUUGCAAUAAAAAAAAAAAAAAAAAAAACGCUGUCGUGGAUCUGACUCCGCCCCAUGACGACAGGCCACGCCUACAGCGAUGACGUGGUUGGGCUGCUCUAACAGCUGCUUUAGUAUUUUUUGAUAAUUGUAUUUUCACUUGUAUUAACCUUCUCAGUUUCUAAUAAAGAUAAAGGUCAUCUAUCUAUCCAUGGUCCUGUAUAACUCUAUUCUAACUCUAUUAUACGGUGGUGGUGAUGUUGUGAAUUGAACGGCUCUGAGGUCUGUUGGCUUGUUGACUGGUCUCCAUGGUAACGCAGCAGCAUGGCGUUCCUGCGCUGGAGUGGUGAGGAUGUGGCUCGCUGGAUCGAGUCUGUCGGGUUCCCCCAGUAUAAGGCGUGUUUCACUCAGAAUUAUAUCACGGGCAGAAAACUGAUUCAUGUCAACUGCUUCACCCUGCCACGACUGGGAAUCACUGACUUCCAGCACAUGCAGCUGAUCUCAGCUCAGGUCAGAGAACUGCUGGACGUCUCGGAGCCGCGCUGGAACCAGAGCAUCGCUGACCCUCUUCACGAUGAGCGGACGGUGUUCCUGCAGAAGAAGAGCAGAAGCGGUCAGCAGACAGAUUCCCUCACAUACGAGCAUCUCCUCCAGAACAAGAGCCAGUAAACCCAUCAAGACAUUAUCAUAAACAUAUAUAAUAAACAGCUUCUGAACAUGCUAGACCUGCCUUCAUGUGCUCACUUCACACAUCCUUCUUUCAGAAUCUACUAUUAUAAACUUUUGGCUAAAUGUAGGCUAAACUGUGAAGCAACUAUGAAACUAUAAUUAAAGAAAUUGCAAUCAAUAACUUAUAUAAAUGUAUAACAUUUAAAACAUGAUGUGAAGUGAACAUACACCUGUCUAGACAGGAAACGUUCUCUCAAAUGUUCUUCCGGUAACAUCCUUAGAACGUUUAUUCAGAGUUAUCUGCAUGUUUAAAAUAAAUAAUAAAUGUUUUCUUAACUUAAUGCGAACAUUAGCACAACGUUGUUAGAACAUAUUGUUGUUGUAGAACACAGUUUUGUCUUAAUGUAUUUAAAAAAUACUAUCAUUCUAGAGUUUUGAACUGUUUAAAACUAACAAAACUAUUACCAGAGAAAACACGCGUUUAUGAUUUAGAAAGUGUGACAACUAAACCCGAUCUCUAUUUACAUGAAUGCAAAUAUUCCGUUAAACUGUUGUUUUAAGGCAAAUAAA